UGGCAAUGAUUACUCCCUGUUGUUUAUGUUAAGUUCACACACCCCCAUCACUUUCAUCAUUAUUUUGUUUGGGUUUCCCUCUCUUUUCAAAAGCUCUUCCGCGCCAGAGAGAGAGAGUAAAGUGAGAGUGAGACACUAAACCAAACCCCCCAAAAAACCCUAGAUAUUUUCCGGCCAAAAAUGCCUCGAGAAAUCAUCACUCUUCAAGUCGGACAAUGUGGAAAUCAAAUUGGCAUGGAGUUCUGGAAACAGCUUUGUCUUGAACACGGUAUCAGUAAAGAUGGCAUUCUCGAAGAUUUCGCUACUCAGGGAGGCGACAGGAAAGAUGUGUUUUUCUACCAAGCUGAUGACCAGCACUACAUACCACGGGCAUUACUUAUUGAUUUGGAGCCUAGAGUAAUUAAUGGUAUACAAAAUAGUGAAUACCGAAAUCUCUACAAUCAUGAAAAUGUUUUCGUUGCAGAUCAUGGAGGGGGUGCUGGAAACAACUGGGCCAGUGGAUACCACCAGGGAAAGAAUGUUGAAGAGGACAUCAUGGACAUGAUUGAUAGAGAAGCAGAUGGAAGUGAUAGUCUUGAAGGCUUUGUUUUAUGCCAUUCAAUUGCUGGAGGAACAGGGUCAGGUAUGGGUUCGUAUCUGCUGGAAACCCUGAAUGAUCGCUACAGCAAAAAACUAGUUCAGACAUAUAGUGUGUUUCCUAAUCAGAUGGAGAUGAGUGAUGUUGUGGUGCAGCCGUACAACUCUUUAUUGACACUUAAGCGUCUGACACUCAAUGCAGACUGUGUUGUUGUUUUGGAUAAUACUGCAUUAAACAGAAUUGCAGUGGAACGACUUCAUCUAUCAAAUCCUACUUUCGCUCAGACCAAUUCACUGGUAUCUACUGUAAUGUCUGCCAGCACUACCACAUUGCGGUAUCCAGGGUAUAUGAACAAUGAUUUGGUCGGUCUUCUUGCUUCUUUGAUUCCUACACCCAGAUGCCAUUUUCUUAUGACUGGAUAUACUCCGCUUACGGUUGAGCGCCAGGCAAAUUUAAUUCGAAAAACUACUGUACUAGAUGUCAUGAGAAGGCUUCUUCAGACUAAGAAUAUUAUGGUUUCUUCUUAUGCUCGAACCAAAGAAGCUAGUCAAGCAAAGUAUAUAUCAAUCUUAAACAUCAUUCAAGGUGAAGUGGACCCAACCCAGGUUCAUGAAAGCUUGCAGCGUAUUCGUGAAAGAAAGCUGGUCAAUUUCAUUGAGUGGGGUCCUGCCAGCAUUCAGGUUGCUCUAUCCAGGAAAUCACCAUAUGUCCAGACAGCACAUAGGGUAAGUGGUCUCAUGUUGGCAAGCCACACUAGCAUCCGUCAUCUCUUUAGCAAGUGCUUAAGUCAGUACGAGAAAUUGAGGAAGAAGCAAGCUUUCCUGGACAACUAUCGAAAAUUUCCAAUGUUUGCUGACAAUGAUUUAUCUGAAUUUGACGAAUCAAGAGACAUAAUUGAGAGUUUGGUGGAUGAAUACAAGGCAUGUGAAUCCCCAGAUUACAUCAAAUGGGGAAUGGAGGAUCCUGACCACCUUAUGACUGGGGAAGGCAGCGGUGCAGGAAUGGUAGAUCCAAACUUGGCUGUGUGAGGCAGACAGAAGCUUUAUUUUCAUAGUUCCAUUGUAAUCUUCAGUUGAUAUCUUAUGUUUAGAUCAGCUUUAUCCAACUUUGAUGUGCAUAAUCUAAUUAUCAGUUUUUGCCGUCAUAUAUGUAUAGAAAUGUAGUAUACUUUUGACGUGUGUAGCCUCUCAUGGUUUAAACUUUUCUUAAUAGUAUCCAUUUUAAGCCGAGCCCAAGUGCUAGCUGAGCCAAAUUGAGACAUUUACA